AUGAAAAGUAAUAAAACAAAUUUUUAGCUUUUUAUUAUUUUAGCAAUAAUAAAUCUAACAUUAAGCCAAAGCCAAGUACUUAUAGGCUCAUAUUAGACUAGUAAUCCAUUUACUAAAGAAUUUAAAAAUAGCGAAUGGAAUAAUAAUCUUGAUUUUGCUUUUUAUGGUUGGUUGAAAAUAACUACUUUUCCUCCUCCUGCUUCUUGGUCUACUGGUUUUCAUUUUACAAGCAAUUCUCCUGAUGUUUGGACUGAUCAAUAUAAUUAUGGCGAUAGAGUCUUAGCUUUUUUUAAUGACAAUAAUAAUAUUAUAAAUCCUACGUAUACAACUUACUCAGCAAAUCCCUCCACCAAUAUAUGGAGUCAAGUUUCUUUCUCUACCCCAGAAUUGAACUAGUGGAUUUUUAUUUAUUUAUCAUAUGGUUCUUAAUAAUAAGCUUAAUAUGCCUACUAUAAAUUUCCAUCACAUGAAGUAAGAUCAAAAUUAAUAAAUAUUGUACAUUCUACAUCUAAUUAUUACUAUCUUUAUGUGGGAAAAACAAGUCCCUACUAUUAUUUCAUGGGUCAAAUAUGUGGUUUUUAUUUAAUAGCAGGGCCUACUGCUUAUAGAGAAUCAGGAUUUGAUCAAUUCUUAACUCUUCAAACUUAAGAUGCUAUUAGCUGUAGUUAUUGCUUAUCUGAUUUUUAUAUACCAUAAUAGACAUGCGUUCAAUGGUGCCCUAAUAAUUACAGAGCAAAUAUUGUAUAAAAAACUUGCGACUAAUGUUCUACAUAUACUUCUGAUUGUUAAACAUGCGCUCCUACUUGUAAAUCUUGCUAAUUUGGAAAUAAAGAUAUCUGUUUAGAUUGCUAAGAAACUAUGAACAUAUCCAACGGAACAUGUGUUUGCAAAAAUGGAAUAGAUAAUAGAAAUAUUUUCUACUAAUGUAGUAAUGAUAAUAUUGCAGUCUUAUAGGCAAAUUUAGCAAGCGAUAGUCCUACCCUUACAAUUAAUUUCGGAGUUCCUUUGAAAAACAAUAAUUUUAGUUGCAGUUAAAUUUUUUAGCCAAAUACUUUGGGUCAGCUGGGUUCUAAUCCUGUUUGUACUAUAAACUAAGCAAAUAUUACUAUCGCUUUAAGUCAAGACGCUAAUAUAACAGAAACUUAAUAAAUUUCAUUUUUACCUAAUGUUCUUUAGUAUUAAGGCAAUAAUAAUUUUAUUAAUACUUUCUAUUUAUUCAGCUUUAAUUAGUUAAAAGACAUUCCCUUUUAAAUGAACUACAAGUAUGAUGAAAUACAAAACACUUGUUAUGAUAUCACUUUUCAGUUGAUUCCAUAAAAUGAUGCAAAAAGAGGAUUUAAUUCAAUAGUGUGGAGUAUUUAAGCAUAACCAACUUUAGAUUCACAAAUAUAAUUGCAGGUUGAUAAUAUAGUAAAAACAGCAAAUGAUAAUAUUAAUCCUAAUUUAAUUAUUCCUAAAUAUUUAAUACCAUCUAACACUAAUAUUAAAGCUACUGUUAACUAUUUCAUGAGAGUCAAUGUUAAUGGAACUUUGUCAUUUUCUACUUUAUAUUAAAAAUAUUAUCAAAUAGUAAUUCAAACCAUUUAAAGUGCAUAACCACCAGUUUAUAGAUAUAUGGAUUUGACUUUUAAAUUCAACCUAUACACACAAGUAUGCGAUUAAACAGGAAGUGUUAUAGUUUUUGAACCAUAUGACAUUUAAAUAAUUUCACAGGUUUUACCUAACUUGAACUAAAGCUAUUAUUAAACCUCAUAGCAAGACUUUUAAGUUAAUGUUUAAAAAUAUGAGAUUCCAUUCAACACAGCAUUUGAUUUGCAAGUUUCUGCUGUGUUAGAUAGCAAUAAAACAAUAUCUUAGUAGACUAAUAUAAAUAUUACUCCUUAAUUAUCUAAGCUUUUAGUAUAGAUUACUAGUGGAUAAGGUGGAUAGAAUGGUUUGUUUAAUUACAAAAAGGAUUUGAAUUUGACAGGUACUGCGAGAGACUUAGAAAUUUAGGAUCCAAAUAUCCCUUAAGGAAUAAACUUAAGUUGGUAAUGCUAGUCAUUAAUAUAGUAAUAAAAUGGAGAGAGAGAAUGCCUUGACUACAACAACAAUACAGUAACUCUAGCUUAGAAUAGCCUUAGUACUGUUGUACCGGCAUAUACAUUUAUUCCCUAUUAAACUCUAUAGUUCUCAUUAGUUGGAAGCAAGGAUACAAGAACUAGUUUUAGUAAUAUAACAGCUAUUAUUGCUGAAAUUGACAUUCCGCCUCUAUUUGUUUAAUUUCGAGAUAUAUCUUAAUUAUAGCAAGUCAACCUCAAUGAUGAUAUAUUUGUUACACUUCAGUAUGGAAGUGAUAUUUCAUCAGAUGAUAUUCAAUAUGCUGGAGCAGUGUUAUAUAAUAAUGCCGAGGUUGGAAUUAUAAAAUUUGAUUUUUAUGAAGUUAAAUUUAGGAUUUGGGAUUAUUUUAAUUCUGUUACUCCAGAUAAUCCUGUAGUAUAGGUUAGGUUCACUGCUUAUAAUCCUUCAUUUUAUAUGCCUAGUAUGACUACAAAAAAAUUUAAUAUCAACUUACCUCCUGCCAACUGUGUUUUCACAGUUAGUCCAACUUCUGGAAAAGCUUUAGAAACUAUAUUUAAUAUAUAAAUGAGUGGGUGUACAAGUUCUGAUAAUUCAUUAACCUACUAAUUCUUUUACUAUCAAAAUAAUAGUGAUUUUCAGCAGGAAAUUUUGGUCCCUAAUAACAUACUUAGGAGACAAAUAUAAGAUUAGUCUUUAGAAAGUCAAUUAAAUACAGUUUUACCCUCUGGAAAUUUGACUAUAAUGGGGUAAGUAAUGAAUUCUAAACUUUCAAUUUUUAAUUCAACAUUAGAAAUUAAAGUUACUCCUUUUGAUCAAGGAGAGUAAUAAAUAAAUAACAUCAUUGAUUAAAUGCUCUAGUAGCUAAAUAGCUAAUACCCAAGAUAAUCGCUUUUGAAUCUGUGUUUUCUUGGUGAAGAAAUCUCUAAAAACAAUCCAGUAUAUUAGUUAAAUUCUGUUAACUAUAGAAAAUCUUUGGUGAUUUCACAGAUAAUUAGCUAAACAAACUCUCUCCCAAAGUAGUCAAAUCUUUUUACAUACUCAAAUAAAGUUAUUUCUUAGCUUUAACUUUCCUUAAAUAACCAAUAAGAUAGCUAAUCGUUAAUCUUACUCAACUAUAUAAAUUAAACAUUAGAAAAUACAAUACUGUUAAUGUAAGACUCUAGCAACUUACUCUUAAAUAAUAAUAAUAAUAUUGUACUUUAAAACUUAGUUGACAGCUUUAAAAUGCUUAAUUCAACUACCAAAAUUAUAUCUUAUAGCUUAUUACCUAAUUAAAUGAACUUAUCAGACUAAAUAUGUGGACUGUUAGCUAAUAUAACUCUUCCUAAUACUGGAGGUAUUUAACUACAAGGAAAUCUAAUAGAAUUAAACUGCUAACAAAUUACAGAAAAAAAUCUUAAUUAAUAUAUUGAUGAGUUAGAUUAUUUUUAAACAAAAACAACUAAUAUUUAUAGAAUUACAUACAGCACAUAUUCAUAAAAUCCAUACAGUCAAACAACUGAAUUUUUAAACUAUACAGACUAACUAUAAAUAUUGUAGCCAAAUAUAACAAUUUCUAAAAAUCCUGUCAUAAUACCUCAAAUUGAAUAUGUUAAUAGUAAUAAAAGAUUUCUUAGUAUAAACAAUAGCAGUUUGAAUUAGAAUUCAACUUAUAUUUACACAUUUUCUAACGUUAAUAAAUCAUAAAAUAAAUUAACUUGUCUCUAAAAAUAAGUAAAUUAAUGGUCUUCUUCAAACUGUUAGGAACUAAAUAGAACAGGAACAAGUAGGUUCUACUGUUAUUGCAAAGAUAAAACUCCUACAACAAUUACUGAUAAUCUAGAAGAGUUAAUAAAAAAUAAAAAUUUAUAAACUGCGUUUAGUUCAUAAGGCUUUAACAAUAUAUCAAACUUUAAAAAUUUUUAUAAAUAUGCAGCUUUUUGGAUUCUGAGUACUGCAACAUUAAUAUUAAUUGGAUUAUACUUUUAUGGAAAGCACCUUGAUAGAAAAUUUAUUUUUCAUUCUAUUUAAAGAAUCGCUCCUGCUACUGCUAUUGAUAAUGGCCAAAGCUUAAUUAAUUUAUAAAAUAGAAUAAAAGCUAACUAACAAAAUAAAGGUGGAAACAAUACUAACAGAAAUGAAAUUUUUUCUUAAAAUUAACUGAUUCAAUAAGAAAAUAAAAAUCUAUAUUUAUAAUAUGGUAUUGAUUCACAAUAAUAAAUAAUAAAUAAUAUAAAAGUAGAAUCAAAUAAGUAGUUUCCUUUUUAAGAAACCCCUUUUUAAACUACUAUAAAUACUCCAGACCUUUAAUUAAUUAAAAAAUCUAAAUAGGAGAAUUAAGAAAUUUAAAACAUCAAUCAUUAAAUUUAAAUAGUAAAUUUAAAUGACUAAUAAGAUUAUAAUAGAGAUGACUUGUAGCAUCAAUAAUAAAAAUAAUAACAAAAACAAAUCUAAUAGUGGAAUGGGUAGGCAAAUUAAUAAAAAUAAAAUAUUUAAUAAUAAGAUAGUAUAAGCAAUCAGUAGAGCUAACUUGAUAAUUAGUUUGAGCUUUAACUAUAAAAAUUUUAAAACUAAAUAGGAACAUUAGAGACUAUUACAAAAAUUGUUGCUUAGCCUUUUUCAACUUUAAACUUAUAAUAAAAAAUUUAAUAAGAAACGAAAGAUUUACAAAUAGGUGAUAAAUAACUGCACUCAAACAAGUAAAAAGUUUAAAACCCAAGUGAAAGUGUUUAAAAUACAUCUGAAUAAAAUUUUAAAAAUGAAGCAGAUAAAUAAAAUGAAAUGGAAACACUAUUAAAAUAACUGAAUGAUUAAAACCAAAGCCAGGUACUUAUAGGUUCAUAUUCGACUGGUAAUUCAUACACUAAAGAAUUUAAAAAUAGCGAAUGGAAUACUAAUCUUGAUUUUGCUUUUUAUGGUUGGUUCAAAAUAACUUCUUUUCCUACUUCUUUUUGGUCUAUUGGUUUUCAUUUUACAAGCAAUGCUCCUAAUGUUUGGAAUGAUAAAUAUAAUUAUGGUGAUAGACUCUUAACUUUUCAUAAUGACAAUAAUAAUUUGAUCAAUCCUACAUAUACAACUUACUCAGCAAAUCCCUCUCCAAAUGUAUGGAAUGAAGCUCCUUACUCUACCUCAGAUUUUAACUAGUGGAUUUUUAUUUAUUUAUCGUAUGGUUCAUAAUAAUAAGCUUAAUAUGUCUACUAUAAAUUUCCAUCACGUGAAGUUGGAUAAAAAUUGACAAAUAUUAUACAUAACACAUCAAAUUACUAUUAUCUUUUUGUGGGAAUUACAAAAGCUCCUUACACUUAUUUCAUAGGUCAAAUAUGUGGUCUUUAUUUAAUAGCAGGGCCUACUGCUUAUAGAGAAUCAGGAUUUGAUCAAUUCUUAACUCUUCAAACUUAAGAUGCUGUUAGCUGUAGUUAUUGCUUAUCUGAUUUUUAUAUACCAUAAUAGACAUGCGGUCAAUGGUGCCCUAAUAAUUACAGAGCAAAUCUUGUAUAAAAAACUUGUGACUAAUGUUCUACAUAUACUUCUGAUUGUUAAACAUGCGCUACUACUUGUAGAUCUUGCAAAUUUGGAAAUAAAAAUAUCUGUUUAGAUUGCUAUGAAACAAUGAACAUAUCCAACGGAACAUGUGUUUGCAAAAAUGGAAUAGAUAAAAGAAAUAUUUUCUACUAAUGUAGUAAUGAUAAUACUGCAGUCUUAUAGGCCAAUUUAGCAAGCGAUACUCCCACCCUUACAGUUAACUUUGAAGUUCCAUUGCAAAAUAAUAAUUUGAGCUGCAGUUAAAUUUUUUAGCCAAAAACUUUGGGUCAGCUGGGUUCUAAUCCUGUUUGUACUAUAAGCUAAGCAAAUAUUACUAUCGCCUUAAGUCAAGAUGCUAAUAUAACUGAAACUUAAUAAAUUUCAUUUUUACCUAAUGUUCUUUAAUAUUAAGGCAAUAAUAAAUUAAUUAAUACUUUCUAUUUAUUCAGCUUUACUUAGUUAAAAGACAUUCCCUUUUAAAUGAACUACAACUAUGAUGAAAUACAAAACACUUGUAAUGAUAUCACUUUUCAGUUGAUUCCAUAAAAUGAUGCAAAAAGAGGAUUUAAUUCAAUAGUGUGGAGUAUUUAAACAUAACCAACUUUAGAUUCACAAAUAUAAUUGCAGGUUGAUAAGAUAGUAAAAACAGCAAAUGAUAAUGUUAAUCCUAAUUUAAUUAUUCCUAAAUAUUUAAUACCACCUAACACUAAUAUUAAAGCUACUGUUAACUAUUUCAUGAGAGUCAAUGUUAAUGGAACUUUGUCAUUUUCUACUUUAUAUUAAAAAUAUAAGCAAAUAGUAAUUCAAACCAUUUAAGGCGCGUAACCACCAAUUUAUAGAUAUAUGGAUUUGACUUUUAAAUUCUACCUAUACACAUAAGUAUGCGAUCAAACAGGAAGCAUUAUAGUUUUUGAACCAUAUGACAUUUAAAUAAUUUCAAAGAUUUUACCUAAUUUAAACUAAAGCUAUAAUUAAACCACUUAACAAGACUUUUAAGUUAAUGUUAAAUAAUAUGAGAUUCCAUUCAACACAGCAUUUGAUUUGCAAGUUUCUGCCGUAUUAGAUAGUAAUAAAACAAUAUCUCAGUAGACUAAUAUAAAUAUUACUCCUUAAUUAUCUAAGCUUUUAGUUUAGAUUACUAGUGGAUAAUGUGGAUAGGAUGGCUUGUUCAAUUACAAAAAGGAUUUGAAUUUGACAGGUACUGCGAGAGAUUUAGAAAUCUAGGAUCCAAAUAUCCCUUAAGGAAUAAACUUAAGUUGGUAAUGCUAGUCAUUAAUAUAGUAAUAAAACGGAGAAAGAAAAUGCCUUGACUACAGGAACAAUAUAGUAACUCUAGGUUAGAAUAGCCUUAGUACUGCUGUACCUGCCUAUACUUUUACUCCAUAUUAAACUCUAUAGUUCUCAUUAGUUGGAAGCAAAGAUACAAGAACUAGUUUUAGUAAUAUGACAGCUAUAAUUGCUGAAAUUGACAUUCCGCCUCUAUUUGUUUAAUUUCAAGAUAUAUCUUAAUUACAGCAAGUCAACCUCAAUGAUGAUAUAUUUGCUACACUUCAGUACGGAAGUGAUAUUUCAUCAGAUGUUAUUGAAUAUGCUGGAGCAGUUUUAUAUAAUAAUGCCGAGGUUGGAAUUAUAAAAUUUGAUUUUUAUGAAGUUAAAUUUAGGAUUUGGGAUUAUUUUAAUUCUGUUACUCCAGAUAAUCCUGUAGUAUAGGUUAGGUUCACUGCUUAUAAUCCUUCAUUUUAUAUGCCUAGUAUGACUAUAAAAAAUUUUAAUAUCAACUUACCUCCUGCCAACUGUGUUUUCACAGUUAGUCCAACUUCUGGAAAAGCUCUAGAAACUUAGUUUAGUAUAUAAAUGAGUGGAUGUACAAGCUCAGAUAAUGCAUUAACCUACUAAUUCUUUUACUAUUAAAAUAAUAGUGAUUUUAAGUAGGAAAUUUUAGCUCCUAAUAACAUACUUAGGAGAUAAAUAUAAGAUUAGUCUUUAGCAAAUCAACUAAAUACAAUUUUGCCGUCAGGAAAUUUGACUAUUAUGGGAUAAGUUAUGAAUUCAAAACUUUCAAUUUUUAAUUCAACUGUAGAAAUUAAAGUGACUCCUUUUGACCAAGGAGAGUAAUAAAUAAAUAACAUCAUAGAUUAAACGCUUUAGCAGCAAAACAGUUAAUAUCCUAGAUAAUCGCUUUUGAAUCUUUGUUAUCUUGGUGAAGAAAUCUCUAAAAACAAUCCAGUAUAUUAGUUAAAUUCUGUUAACUAUAGAAAAUCUUUGGUGAUUUCACAGAUAAUUAACUAAACAAGCUCUCUCCCAAAGUAGUCAUAUCUGUUUACAUACUCGAAUAAAGUUAUUUCCUAGCUUUAACUUUCUUUAAAUAGCCAAUAAGAUAGCUAAUCAAUAAACUUACUCAACUAUAUAAAUUAAACAUUAGAAAAUACAAUGAUGUUAAUGUAAGAUUCUGGUAACUUACUCUUAAAUAAUAAUAAUGUUGUACUUUAAAACUUAGUUGAUAGCUUUAAAAUGCUUAAUUCGACAACCCAAAGUAUUUCUGAUAGUUUAUUACCUAGUUAAAUGAACAUAUCAGACUAGAUAUGUGGUUUGUUAGCUAAUAUAACUCUUCCUAAUACUGGAGGUAUUUAACUACAAGGAAAUCUAAUAGAAUUAAACUGCUAACAAAUUACAGAAAAAAAUCUUAAUUAAUAUAUUUAUAAAUUAGAUGGUUUUUAAACAAAGACAACUAAUAUUUACAGCAUUACAUACAGCACAUAUUCAUAAAAUCCUUACAGUCAAACAUCUGAAUUUUAAAAUUAUACAAAAUAAUUAUAAUAAUUGUAGCCAAAUAUAACAAUUUCUAAAAAUCCUGUAAUAAUACCUUAAAUUGAAUAUUUAAAUAGUAAUAGAAGAAUUCUUAGUAUAAGUAAUAACAACAAUUUAAAUUAGAAUUCAACUUAUAUUUACACAUUUCCUAACGUUAGUAAAUCAUAAAAUAAAUUAACGUGUCUCUAAAAAUAAGUAAAUUCAUGGUCUUCUUCAAAAUGCUAAAUACUAAAUAGUACAGAAAUGAGUGGGUUCUAAUGUUAUUGCAAAGAUAAAACUCCUACAACUAUUACUGAUGAUCUAGAAUAGUUAAUACAAAAUAAAAAUUUAUAAACUGCAUUUAGUUCAUAAGGUUUUGAUAAUAUAUCUAAUUUUAAAUAUUUUUAUAAAUACGCAGCUUUUUGGACUCUGAGUGCUGUAACAUUAUUAUUAAUUGGCUUAUUCUUCUAUGGGAAGCACCUUGAUAGAAAAUUUAUUUUUCACUCUAUUUAAAGAAUAGCUCCUACUCCUGCUACUGAUAAUGAUCAAAGCUUAAUUAAUCCUUAAAAAAGAAUAUAAACUAAUUUAGAUAACAAGAAUGAAAACAAUACAAACAGAGAUGAGAAUUUUUCAUUAAAUUAACUAAAAUAAUAGGAAAAUAAAUAUUUAUAUUUAUAAUAAGGUAUUGAUUCACAAUAAUAAAUAAUUAAUAAUAUAAAUAUAUAAUCAAAUAAGUAGUUUCCUUUUUAAGAAACCCCUAUUUAUACUCCUAUAAAUACUCAAGACCUUUAAUUAAUUUAAUAAUCUUAAUAGGAAAAUUAAGAAAUUUAAAACAUUUAUAAUUAAAUGUAAAUAGUAAAUUUAGACAACUAAUAAGAUUAUAAUAAAGAUAACUUGUAGCUUUAAUAAUAAAACUAAUAAAAAAAUCAACUCAAAUAGUUCUAAGAAUAGGGAAAUUAAUAAAAAUAAAAUAUUUAAUAAUAAGAUAGCUUAAGCAAUAAAUCAAGCUAACUUGAUAAGUAAUAUGAGAUUUAGCUUUAAAAAUUUUAAAACUAAAUAGGAACAUUAGAGACUAUAACAAAAAUAGUUGCUUAACCUUUUUCAACUUUAAACAUAUAAUAAAAUAAUUAUUACACCACAUAAAACAAUUUAAAUAUAAAUAAUAAAUAAAUUUAUUAAUAAAAUAAUUUUGAAGACUAUGAUAAUUGUAAAUUUUAAAAAGAAUAAUAAAUUUAAUAAUAAACGAAAGAAUUACAGAUAAGUGAUAAAUAACUGCAUUCAAACAAGUAAAAAGUUUAAAAUCCAGGCAAAAGUGUUUAAAAUUCUUCUGAAUAAAAUUUAAAAAGUGAAGCAGAGAAAUAAAAUGAAAUGGAAACACUAUAAAAAUAGUUGAAUGAUCAAAAGUAGAAGCUUGCAAAUAAAUCGUUAUUAAUUAGAAUUAUUGUGUUCCAUGAUUUUUUUAACAUAUUUUACAGCUAUGAUCCUAAACUAUCCAGAGCAAUUAGAUUUAACAUAUUUUACCUUAGAAUAAUUCACUCUUUAUGCUUAACAACCAUUUUUGAUGAGAGCUAUAAUAUAGAUUAGAAAAUAAUUUUAUCUAUAAUUAGCUCAAUCAUUUUAGUCACAGGAGUAACAAUUAUAACUCUGAUACAUAAAAUCAAAAUAAUAGGUUAAAAGAUAUCAGCUAUAUUUUUAAUUUGCCUUCUUUUGUUUUAUUACUAUAUAAUUUUAUCUAUCAUUAGCGGAGAGGAAGCCAAUUAAGCGAAUUCUAAAACUUUAUCAUUUUUGUUAAUAGUAGGGAUUGAUUUUUUCGGAAUUCUAACUCUUAUGUCUGUUUUAAAAUUAAGUUUAGUUUUAUACUCAUAGCAAGAACAAAGUAAAUAGACAUUAAUAAAGUCUCUUUUUAAGAUAUUCGAUUUAUAGAUCUUACUAUAAAAUUUAAAUGUUUGA